GGAUUUGUGAUGUGUUCGCAAGCGACUCGACGCGAUAUUGAGAUUUUUUUUUGGAUAUAUUGAAAUAUAUAUACUACAAAACAAAAAAAAAUAGUAUGUAAACAAAUAUGUUCAGUUGAUUCUUUGAUGUAGACUGGGUUGUUUCACUGUUAAAUGUCCGGAAAGUUAGUAUUUGAUCGCUUUUAGAAGUGGAACGAAUGGCGCUCGCAGUUAUUUCGUUGAAAUAUUUUUACACUUUUCACAGUUGUUUUUUGUCUGCUGCAACAUUUUAAUUGGAUUAUGUGUGAGAUUCGUUUUUUGGAUUUUAUGCAAAGUUCUAAUAUUUUCACAUAUUCAAGUUGUGACAUUAUUUCUUGAGAUUCUUAAAUAUCGUUGAUAAUUACAUUCUUGGAACGUGUUUUUCGUUUUUAUUUUAAUGCAACCGUUAUAGUUUUUUGUUGUUGUUGUCAAAUCACAGUGAACACAUGCGAUUGGCGUUUUCUAUACAAUCAUUUAUCGCAUUUAAACAUAAACUGUGAUAUUAAUGUGAACAAAGUUGAAUGUUAAAAAAAAAAGAAAAAAACUCUUUAAAAAUGGGAAAUUACAUACUUAUUGAAAAAGACUCAAAAGUGAUGCACAAGUGCUGGAAAUGGUUAAUAAUCUUUUUGUUGGUUACCAUUUUGAUCACUUGUUUGCUGUCAUCGUAUGCAUUCUCAGCGUUGGUUUCAAAUUUUCAUGACAAUUGUGUGCCGGGUGCAAAAUUAAUGUUUAAACGUAUUCCAUCGAUUGGCGAUGCAUUAACAAAUGCGACCAGAGAAGAUUCCGAAUUUUAUGGUAAAAAAGUGAAUGACAUGUAUCACGAAUUUAAAACAUAUUAUAUGUCAAAAGAAUUACGUGAAAUUGAUGAGAACAAUGCCCAACCAAAAACCCAAAUCUAUCAAAUAUUGAGCAAUCGUCAAAAUCUAGUACGUAGCACAACUGAACGUGCAAAUCUGUCACACUUGACGGUCACCAUUCCGGCAAACGAUUCCGAUUUCUUUUCAAAUUAUCAAAUAAACGAAGCAAGCACAAGAUGGGGUGAUGCCAACACUUGUUUAUUAUACUACUAUUUCCCAGUAAUUGAAAUUACAGUAACUGUCGUUUGGAUUGUUUUGAUCUUAAUAAGUCGUCGUGAAGAUGAACGAAGUGCAUUCAAGACAAUUCAUAAGGCAUGGCGUCUCGUUGUUCCGGCUGUUGUAUGUUUUGCCGUUUUUGCAAUUUUUUGUGUCAUCUAUGCAGCAUAUUUAAACAGUCAUUUGAAUGAUUUUUGUGAUGAAUUCAAGCAACAUUUUGCAAACCAUGAAAUCCAAUGUGAUUUUCUAAUAAAUCGUUUCAGCAUAAAGGAUACCACUAUUUUUGAUGCAUCGACCAAUUUUCAAUUGGCCAAGUGUGUGGCAUACAUUCGAAUAUUUUUAUGGCUUUUAGCAGGUUUUGUAAUGUUAUUGCGUUGCAUUUUGGGCGCCGAUUUUGAAAUGCAAGAAAUUGAACAAUGUAGCGAACAACUUGGUGCUGCCUUUGAUCCAGAAACUGAUCAUCCCAGUCGUGUUAAGUUCAUCGAUGAUGGAAUAAGGCGAUAUUCACGCGAACGUGUUUAUAAACCAACAACAACCGAACUUCAACGAUUGGAUUAACCAACAGUUUACCUCGAAAUCUAAUGUUUUUUUUUUAAUUAAUUGUUAAUUUUCGGUAAGAGAAGAGAAAAUAUGUCGAAUAUGAUUAACAAUCGACAAUUCGCAUACGUGAAACUAUGUUUCUUUUUUUAGAUGUAUAUUUUAUCGUUGAAUAUGUUUCCCUAAUCGUCACUAGUCAUGUAUAUUUUUGUG